UGCUGAUGUUAUUUUGUUGCAGGGUGGAGAGAAGAGUGAACUUAGGGGAAACCAUGGCUCAAAGUGGCUGCGCAAGAGGAUGAUCUGUGCCAUAAAAUUAGAAGCUGAACGUCAGGUGCAGGAGCUUGAAGUGAUCCUGCUGGAGCAUCAUGCGCAGCAGCGGGCCAUGUAUCAGAGGGAGCUGCAGGAAUUCGAGAACAGCGCCGAGUUGAAGACAUUCAUCAUGCACCACCAGCAGCAGCAACAAAAGACAGAAGAGAAGCAGCAGCCAGAGGUCAACUCGAACAAUGGGGAUCUGCAGCCUAUAUGUUAUGACAAGAAUGUUGAGAACGAGGUGCAGGAGAUAGAGAAAGUAGGGGAAGAGGAUGGCAUGAAGAGAAAACGAGGGGGUAGGAAGAAACGUAAGAACAAGAAGAAAGUUCUGGAGGAGAUAGAGAAACAAGAGGUGCCUAAGAGAGAGGGUAUUGCCGGAGAGCUCAAGCAGGAAGAGGUGGAGUUAGGGACAAUUGAAGUGCAGAUCAUUGAGGCGGUGGCCAUGGAGGAUGGGAUGAAUGAGGUAGAGGCGAAUAAGGUAGAGGUGUUUGAAGGAGAUGGCAGGCAGGGAUUUGCUAAAGGGGUAGAGCCAAGUGAGGUAGAUGGGAAUGAAGGAAUGGCCAAACAGGAAGUUGCAAAGAAAGUUCAGAAUGUUGUGGAGACAAAGAAAGAUGUAGAGCAUAGCAUUCAGAGGAAACGUAGGAAUAGAAAGCUACAUAGGACCGAGACGAAAGUUCGACAAUUGGAAGAGAUGAACGAAAACGAGGAGGCUAAGGGAGAGGAGAAUGAUGCGGAGCCCAAGAAAGAAGUGGAAAAAGAGGUAGAGGAGAAUGAUGUAGAGGUGGUGGUGAUUGAGCUAGAUGAAUUGGCCAAGCAGGAAUUGGCAAAAGAGGUCGAGUCAAAUGAGGUAGAUUGCAAUGAGGGAAUGGCCAAACAUGAAGUAGCAAAGGAAGUUGAGAAUGUUAUGGAGACAAAGAAAGAGGGAGAGAAUGGUGUUCAGAGGAAACGUAGGAACAGGAAGCUACGUAGGACCGAGACGAAAGUUCGGGAAGUGGAAGAGAUAAAGGGAAACGAGGUGGCUAAGGGAGAAGGGAAUGAUGCAGAGCCCAAUCAGGAUGUGGUUGAGGUAGAGGUUAUUGACGUCGAGGUGAUUGUGGCAGUAGCCAAGCAGGAAGUAGUUGAAGUAGGGACGAUCGAGGUAGAGAUGACCGAGGCAGUGGCCAUCGAGGGUGUGGUAAAGGAGGUAGAGGCGAAUGAGGUAGAGGUGAUUAAGAUGGAAUUGAAGGAGGUAGUGGCUAUUGAAGUAGAGGAGAAUGAGGUGAUUGAGGUAGAGGUGAAUGAUAUAGAGGCAAUAGAGGUAGAGGCAAAAGAGGUAGGGGCUAUUGCGUUAGAGGAAAAUGAGGUGGAGCUGAAGGAGGUAGAGACAAUUGAAGGCGAUACAAAGCAGGAAGUGGUGAAUGAGGGAGGGAGAUGUGAGCAACCUUGGAGGGCGGAGAGAGGUCAGGAAGAGCAGAAGAAGAAUGAGAUCAAGCACAUCGCAUCUCCUAAUGGGGAGAGAAAGAAGAGUUUCUGGCGAUGGGAAAUUCAGAGCUUCUUGUGCUGCACAUCGCAACUGGAGAAAGAUGAGGAAGAGGAGGAUGAACAACGAGGAGGAGACAGAGGACAGGAGCACCAAGACCAGGAGCUGAGAAAUAAGAAGCAAGAAAAGUGGUGGAGAAUGUGCCGAUGGAGAAACUGGCAUGUUCUCCCAAAGACACUGAGACGUGGAAGCUCAGCUUGAUACUCACACACACAUGGACACUUUGUACAUAUCUAUGUAUAUAUAUCUUUAUCUUUCCUUUAAAAUAUUUUUUUUGUCUGUAUGUGUGUGUGGACAUAUUUUGUGAAGCUUUUAACUGACAAGCUGCUGGGUUUAUGUUUCAACAAACUACACACGUACAUUUUUUUCGA